CAACGACACAGAUGGCUCUCAUGGCGGGGAUUGUGUCCGCGGCCACCUUUCUCGUUUUUGGGAUUUCUAGCUUUGUUUCCGCGGCUCGGAUUUACCCACCCAGCGAAGUCACGUUAUUGGACUCCAGAUCCGUGCAGGGGGAGCUGGGAUGGGUCGCCAGCCCCACAGAAGGAGGGUGGGAGGAAGUGAGCAUCAUGGAUGAAAAGAACAUUCCAAUCCGGACGUACCAGGUGUGUAACGUCAUGGAGCCGAACCAGAACAACUGGCUCCGCACCGACUGGAUCCCGCGGGGCGGCGCCCAGCGCCUCUACAUCGAGAUCAAGUUCACGCUGCGCGACUGCAACAGCCUCCCGGGCGUCACGGGCACCUGCAAGGAGACCUUCAACCUGUACUACUACGAGUCCAACAACGACAAGGAGCGCUACAUCCGCGAGAACCAGUUCGGCAAGAUCGACACCAUCGCCGCCGACGAGAGCUUCACGCAGGUGGACAUCGGCGACCGCAUCAUGAAGCUGAACACGGAGGUGCGGGACGUGGGCGCCCUGAGCCGCAAGGGCUUCUAUCUGGCCUUCCAGGACGUGGGCGCCUGCAUCGCCCUGGUGUCCGUCCGCGUCUUCUCCAAGAAGUGUCCGCUCGCCGUGCGCAACCUGGCCCGGUUCCCCGACACCAUCACCGGGGCCGACACGUCCUCGCUGGUGGAGGUCCGGGGCUCCUGCGUGGACGACUCGGAGGAGAAGGAGGUGCCCAAGAUGUACUGCGGGGCGGACGGGGAGUGGCUGGUGCCCAUCGGGAACUGCCUGUGCAACCCCGGAUACGAGGAGCGCAACGCCGAGUGCCUAGCCUGUAAGAUCGGGUUCUACCGCGCUCUGGCCACGGACGCCGCCUGCGCCAAGUGUCCGCUGCACAGCUACUCCGUCCGCGAGGGCUCCACCUCCUGCGUCUGCGACAAGGGCUACUUCCGCUCCGAAACCGACCCGGCCUCCAUGCCCUGCACCCGCCCCCCGUCGGCGCCCGCCCACCUCAUCUCCAACGUGAACGAGACCUCGGUGAACCUGGAGUGGAGCCCCCCCCUCAGCGCCGGCGGCCGCCAGGACCUGACCUACAACGUGGUGUGCAAGCGCUGCGGGCCGGACGGCCGCCGCUGCCAGCCGUGCGGCAACGCCGUCCACUUCAGCCCCCAGAGGCGGAGCCUAAAGGGCUCGCGCGUCUCCAUCAACGAGCUGCAGGCGCACACCAACUACACCUUCGAGGUGUGGGCGGUGAACGGCGUGUCGCCGCAGAGCCCCGGGCCGGAGCAGGCGGUGUCCGUCACCGUCACCACCAACCAGGCCGCUCCGUCUCCGGUGACCUCCAUCCAGGCGAAGGACAUCACCCGACACACCAUCUCUCUGGCCUGGCAGCCGCCGGACCGCGCCAACGGGGUCAUCCUGGAGUACGAGGUCAAGUACUACGAGAAGGACCAGAACGAGAGGAGCUACCGGAUCAUCAAGACCGCGUCCAGGAACACGGACAUCAAAGGCCUCACGCCGCUCACCUCCUACGUGUUCCACGUGCGGGCGCGCACGGCGGCCGGCUACGGGGACUUCAGCGGCCCCUUUGAGUUCAUGACCAACUCCGUUCCAGCUCCCAUCAUCGGCGACGGGGCCAACUCCACGGUGCUGCUGGUGUCGGUGGUGGGCAGCGUGGUCCUCCUCGUCAUCCUCAUCAGCGCCUUCGUCAUCAGCCGCAGAAGGAGUAAGUACAGCAAAGCCAAGCAGGACUCGGACGAAGAGAAGCACCUGCAUCAAGGAGUGAGGAUAUACGUCGACCCCUUCACCUACGAGGACCCCAACCAGGCCGUCCGCGAGUUCGCCAAAGAGAUCGACGCCUCCUGCAUCAAAAUCGAGAAAGUCAUCGGCAUCGGUGAGUUCGGCGAGGUGUGCAGCGGCCGCCUGAAGACGGCGGGCAAGAGGGAGAUCUGCGUGGCCAUCAAGACGCUGAAGGCCGGCUACACCGACAAGCAGAGGCGGGACUUCCUGUCCGAGGCGUCCAUCAUGGGCCAGUUCGACCACCCCAACAUCAUCCACCUGGAGGGCGUGGUCACCAAAUGUAAGCCAGUGAUGAUCAUCACGGAGUACAUGGAAAACGGAUCACUGGACGCAUUCUUGAGGAAGAACGACGGGCGCUUCACGGUGAUCCAGCUGGUGGGCGUGAUGCGCGGCGUGGCCUCUGGGAUGAAGUACCUGUCGGACAUGAGCUACGUCCACCGCGACCUGGCGGCGCGCAACAUCCUGGUCAACAGCAACCUGGUGUGCAAGGUGUCCGACUUCGGCAUGUCGCGCGUCCUGGAGGACGACCCCGAGGCGGCCUACACCACCCGGGGAGGUAAGAUCCCGAUCCGAUGGACGGCCCCGGAGGCCAUCGCCUACAGGAAGUUCACCUCAGCCAGCGACGUGUGGAGCUACGGCGUCGUGAUGUGGGAGGUGAUGUCAUACGGGGAGCGGCCGUACUGGGACAUGAGCAACCAGGACGUGAUCAAGGCCAUCGACGAGGGCUACCGGCUGCCCCCCCCCAUGGACUGCCCCGUGGCGCUGCACCAGCUCAUGCUGGACUGCUGGCAGCGGGACCGCGCCGACCGGCCCAAGUUCGGCCAGAUCGUCAACAUGCUGGACAAACUGAUCCGCAACCCCAACAGCCUGAAGAGGACCGGGGGCGAGGCCGCCACCGCCGCCGCCGCCGCCAGGCCCAACCCCACCCUGCUGGAGCCGGGCGGCCCCGAGGCGUGCCCCGCCGUGGGCACGGUGGAGGACUGGCUACAGGCCAUCGGCAUGGAGCGGUACAGGGACAACUUCACCGCCGCCGGCUACACCACCCCGGAGGCCGUGGUGCACAUGACACAGGAGGACAUGGCUCGCAUCGGCAUCACGUCGCCGCCGCACCAGAACAAGAUCGUGACCAGCGUCCAGGGAAUGCUGUCCCAAAUGCAACAGAUGCAAGGCAGAAUGGUUCCCGUCUGACAUUUAAACCACAGAAGAAGAAAAGAAAAGGGAAAAAAGGGAAAGAACGCGACUUCCUUUCUUUUUGAGAAAAAAAACAAAAACAAAAAAGAUUUAAAUAUAUAUAUUAAAACAUAAAAAACAAGAGACAGAUAAACUACCGGAGAAGUGGUUUACCUCAUCCGUGCACUUUAAAUUGGAUUUUGUCUUUCUUUUUAUAAAGAUGUUGAUGAAGGAGAGAAAAAGUGGUAAAAAUUGCACUUUUCUUUUUUUUUGGGAACUUUUUUCUCUUUUUUUGUUGUUGGAACAAAUCAGACCGUCUACCUUUCCCGCUUUUUGUUGUUGUUUUGUUGUUUGUUGUUUUGGUGGAUGCGACGCUUAAAUGCAGCAUUUAUGGAUGGACGGACGUCUGGAAAAGUGCUUCCGAGAGGCCGAAUCCGGAGUGCCUUUUAAUGGUCUGCAUGAAGAAGAAGAGGGGGGGGGGUUCUUACCUUUCUUCCUCCCAAAGUGUUGUUCCUGGAACUUUCACUCUGGAUAUAAUCCUCGGAGCAGAUGUUUUUUCCUUGUCUGUGUUUAUCCGACACACGUUUCCGUGGGACUCGCCGGACGACGCCAUUUUUCUCUCAGCCGGAUCUGUUUGAUUUUUUCCGCCCUCGCCUUCAGGACGCUGCUGAGGACGUCUUUGAGCUUCCAGAGGAGCCUUCUGUCUUCCCAACCCCCCCCCCCCCCAAGACCUCGGAUAAAAACCCUAAUUGGAUUCUUCCGUUCAAAGACUCACCGCAUUUUGAUUGACAGCUUUUUUUUUGGGACCCGCUUAAUUAGCUUUUUCCUAAUUGGACGCGGGAAUGAAGGAAUGUAUUGGAUUUUUUUUAUUUGUUUUACUUGAUUGACAAUAUGGAUGCAGAAUGAAUCAUCAUCAUCAUCAUCAUCUUCAUCAUCAUCAUCAUCACCACCAUCGCUGAAGGACAGAAAACACGCGGAGGGAACCUCACGCCGCCCCCGAGCCGCCGCUCUCUCCAUCGCAGACAGGAUCAACGGCUCGUGGCUUCGCCGAGGCCGGAAUUCUUCCUCAUUGUCUUUCGACGCCCUCCGACGCCCGAGGAUGACACUAACAAACAACAACAACAACAAACAAUAACAAAACAAUUCCGUCAUCCGGGACGUCGUGACCCCGUCACACUCUGACAAAGCACGCCUCUCGUGGCCGUCCGGCUGGAAUUACCAGGAAUGAUUUUGACAGUUCGGAAACAAACAAUAAGAAGAAUGUAACAUAGUCGAGGACGAGGGACUCUUAUUUUGAAAGUUUCUUUUUUAUUUUCGUUUUUUAAAAUUGUUUUCGUUGAUGUAAAUGAUCAAACGUUUGACUUGAGCGUGCGAAUGGGACGACACGCGCAAACGUGUGUGUGUGCGUGUGUGUGUGUUUGUGUGUGUGUGUGUGAGUGUGUGUGUGUGUGACUCAGUAAUCGUUUUCAUGCCACUGUGGAGGAAGAGAAGAUGACAAAGAUGUUUUGUUUUUGACAUCUUCUUCUUCAUCUUCAUUUUUUUGUGUCGUUCAAAAAAACAAAACAACAACAACAACAACAACGUGUGUGUGUGUUGUGCACUCAUUUGGGCCCCGAAUGGACUGAUGGGCCUUCAGGGGCCGGAACCAUCUCUCUCUCUCUCUCUCUUUUAAAGCGACACACCUGUACACAACAGAAGAUUCGAGGAGAGAGGAAGGAGGCGUCUAAGAAGGGAAAUCUGUUGGGUUAUUUUUACCCCCCC